ACGAAGUGGAAACUAAGUGCAGCACUCGAUUGAAAAUAAAAACACCGUCGCAAUGGCUGGUCUCGUACAGGAUUGCUUCUCCAUCGGUAGCACGGUAGUGUGCACUACCUGCUACCAUGCCAACAUCGAAGGCGAGGUGCUGGCGUUCGAUCAGCAGACGAAAAUGCUCAUACUAAAAUGCCCUUCAGCGAGUAAAACCGCCAAACUGAACGACGUUUACAUCGUCAACCUGGCAAUGUGCAGUGAUGUCCAGGUCAAAAAGGAAGUCUGCAUAGUUCCGGAGCAACCAUUGUCGUUAAACCUGCAGCGCCUGAGCACCCGCGCCAGGAAUCAGGUGGAACAGAAACGACGUCAGCUAACUGCGCUUUCCGCCGGAGCCAGCCCAGAAGGUCAGAAUCUUUUCAUGGCCAUUGCGCGCACUAUCAAUCAGGUCACCUGGUCCGGCCCAAAUAUAGUGGUCUUCAAAGACGUAACGAUAACACCUCCAUACAAAGUAGACAACGUAAACUGCUCAUCCGAUCAGCGGCAGUUGAGCUACGUGAAGAAAAUUGUCGAAAAACACGAAAACGAUCAAGCUAACAUAACUCAAAGCACAUCGGCGGACAUAGCUGCAAAUUGAUUCUCCACUGAAAGGCAGGGGGUACGUAUGUCGGGCGUGAAUGAGGAUGGACGUGCCGAAGGACGCGGGAGCAGGGUGUACUUUGUGCGAAUGUGGCACUGGGGGUGGUCUCUCCGGAUGGCCGGUGUGCUUGGGCGAUUAUGAAUGCAGGUGGCUAGGAUCUGGAUAUGGUUAUGAGGUUAGAGAAGAA